ACACCUUGAAAUAUAAAGCUGAACAUAAGAGAAGUUUCACAUCUGUGAAGAAACCACUUGGACAGGAGCCUCAGGAUGAGAAGAUGGCAGCCACUUUGUUUCCACCGGGUCCUGACAGUCUACACCGGUUCACUCGUGAGUCCCUGGCAGGAAUUGAACAGCGGAUCGCCGAAGAGGAGGCGCGGAAUGCCAAGGAGUACCAGGAGGACCUGGGUGACGUGGAGCCGCCCAAGUCCCGGCCCGACCUGGAGGCCGGCAAACAGCUCCCACGCAUCUUCGGAGACAUUCCGUCCGGACUGGUGGGCGUCCCACUGGAGGACAUCGACCCAUUUUACUUCCAGAACAAGAAAACUUUUAUAGUACUGAACAAAGGAAAGGCCAUCUUCCGGUUUAGUGCCACGUCUGCACUCUAUAUUUUUAGCCCUUUUCAUCCUGUUAGAAGAGCAUCAAUAAAGAUUUUAGUACACUCUUUAUUCAGCCUUUUCAUAAUGUGCACUAUUUUGACCAACUGUUGUUUCAUGGCGAUGUCAGAACCGGCGCAGUGGGCCAAAUAUGUCGAGUACACGUUCACUGGCAUUUACACAUUUGAGUCGUUGAUUAAAAUCCUGGCGAGGGGCUUUUGCAUCGGGCCGUUCACCUUCCUGAGGGACCCGUGGAACUGGCUGGAUUUCAGCGUGAUUGUUAUGGCAUAUGUAACUGAGUUUGUGGACCUGGGCAAUGUCUCAGCGUUACGGACAUUCAGGGUUCUACGAGCACUGAAAACUAUAUCAGUCAUCCCAGGUCUGAAGACCAUUGUUGGCGCUCUGAUUCAGUCAGUCAAGAAGCUCGCAGACGUCAUGAUCCUCACGGUCUUCUGUCUCAGUGUUUUCGCUCUCAUUGGCCUGCAGCUCUUCAUGGGAAACCUGAGGCAAAAAUGCGUCCGCAGCACCGCACACUGUCUCAACACCACGCUACCUUCAUUCAACAACAGCACUUUCUUCUGCAAUAACAAAACCUGGUCCUCACUGGAGGAUUUCAUGACCAAUGAAGAUAACUAUUUCAAAGUGGAAGGAGCCAAGGACGCCUUGAUAUGUGGCAACGCAAGUGAUGCUGGCAAAUGUCCUGAUGGAUUUGAAUGUAUGAAGACUGGACGGAACCCAAACUACGGCUACACGAGCUUCGAUACCUUUGGAUGGGCUUUUCUUUCCCUUUUCCGACUUAUGACGCAAGAUUACUGGGAAAACCUUUAUCAUCACACUCUACGGUCCGCUGGAAAGGCGUACAUGGUGUUUUUUGUGGUGGUGAUCUUUCUGGGCUCCUUCUACCUGGUGAAUCUGAUUCUGGCUGUGGUGGCCAUGGCGUACGAGGAGCAGAACCAGGCCACCAUCGCUGAAGCGCUGCAGAAAGAGCAAGAGUUUCAGCUCGCCAUGGAACAGCUGAAGAAAGAGCAGCAGGUUGUUCAGAAAGUGCAGGAAACCGAGUCCCUCUUAACUGCGGACGUGUCGCCUUUUAGCUCGCAAGACAACAGAGGGAUUCUGGACCGGAGGAAAAGCUCGAGGCUGCUGUCAGAUGGGACAGAGGACAGCAGCAAUGACAAAAAGGCAAAGCUGGACACUAAAGAGGGCAUGAAGCAAUCACAUUGUUUGCUCGUUCGGACUCUCUCCUUGCGGGCCAGACGGGAAAGUCAGGUGAGCAUCUUCAACUUCAGACCGUCAAACAAAGACUCGGAUGUGGAUUUCGCGGACGAUGAGUUCAGCAAUCACGGAGAUUCGGACAGUCGCGGCGGCUCGCUGGCACUGCCCUGGAGCAGACGACGCACCAGCGCUCAGAGCACGUGCAGUCACACCUCACAGUUCUUCUUCCCGAGUCUCAACAUCAACGGCAAACUCUUCGUAGCCAUAGACCAGAACGGCAUCUCAGGCCCAGGGCCGCUGUCUCCUCUCCCGCUGCCCACCUGCACGAUGGAGAAGGUCAAAGAGGAAAGUGGGCACAACUCUGCCAAUGAGCUGAGCAGUAUGCUUCUACCCCAACUGCCCCUGGAGGGUCGCAACCGGGCCCUGAGCGCCACCAGCUACAUCACUGAUGCCAUGGAAGAACUGGAGGAGACCCAGCAGAAGUGUCACCCGUGCUGGUACACGUUUGCUCACAAGUACCUGGUGUGGACGUGUUGCCCCGGCUGGCUGAAGGUAAAGGAGUGGAUGAAGUUCAUGGUGAUGGAUCCGUUCCUCGAUCUAGCCAUCACCAUCUGCAUCGUUCUCAACACACUCUUCAUGGCUCUGGAACAUUAUCCAAUGACUGAUGACUUCAACAGGAUGUUGUCUGUGGGGAACCUGGUGUUCACGGGUAUCUUCACAGCAGAGAUGGUUCUGAAGAUCAUCGCUCUGGAUCCAUAUUAUUACUUUCAACAGGGCUGGAACAUCUUCGACAGUCUCAUUGUCAGCUUGAGUCUGAUGGAGUUGGGUCUAUCCAACGUGGAGGGUCUCUCUGUCUUACGAUCAUUCAGACUGUUGAGGGUCUUCAAGCUGGCGAAAUCAUGGCCGACCCUGAACACAUUGAUAAAGAUAAUUGGGAAUUCUGUAGGAGCUUUGGGGAACCUCACACUGGUGCUGGCCAUCAUCGUCUUCAUCUUCGCCGUGGUGGGCAUGCAACUAUUUGGCAAGAACUAUGAGUCGUGCGUAUGUAAGAUCUCGAAGGACUGUACGCUACCGCGCUGGCACAUGAAGGACUUCUUUCAUUCGUUCCUCAUUGUGUUCCGGGUGUUGUGCGGAGAAUGGAUCGAGACCAUGUGGGACUGUAUGGAAGUGGCCGGACAGCCGCUGUGUAUCCUGGUCUUCAUGCUGGUCAUGGUUAUCGGGAAUCUUGUGGUCUUGAAUCUCUUCUUGGCUUUGCUCCUGAGCUCCUUCAGCGCAGACAACCUCUCGGCUCCGGACGAAGACGGCGAGAUGAACAACCUGCAGAUCGCCAUUGCGCGGAUCCAGCGGGGGAUUCUGUGGCUACGGCAGGCUCUCUGCGACUUCUUCAACGGGAACUUUAAGCGUCGCCGUCAGCAGGCCAAGGAGGCCAAAGCCAUGCUGAAACUCAAGCGACGCAGCCAGCAGGCGCACUUGGUGGAGGGCAACGGGACCGCCAUAGUCAUUGAGCGCGGUGGUGAGGAAGACAGCUACAUGACCAACCCCAACCUAACCAUCAGCGUUCCCAUUGCGCCCGGAGAGUCCGACGUGGAUUUCCCUGAGGAGGAAGAGGAGGAGGAGGAUGACGACGAUGCCAGCGAGGGCUCGGAUGAGGAGAUAGAGGAAACGAAGCAGAGUGAUGACAUCAGCCUAUCAGAGGGCAGCACUGUUGAUCUCAGGAAACCUGGCGAGGAGGAGGACGAGUAUUCAGAAAUGGCAGAAGAAGCCAUGGAUCCGGAAAACUGCCUUCCUGAUGUUUGUGUGCGUCGUUUUCACUGCUGUGACAUCAACACGUCUGAAGGUUUGGGUCGAGCAUGGUGGCGUCUGAGGAAGACAUGUUAUCAGAUCGUGGAGCACAGCUGGUUUGAGACCUUCAUCAUUUUCAUGAUCCUCCUCAGCAGUGGAGCUCUCGCAUUUGAAGACAUUUACAUCGAGCAAAGGAAAGUGGUGAAAGUGGUGCUCGAAUACGCCGACAAGAUUUUCACCUACAUCUUCAUCCUGGAAAUGAGUUUGAAAUGGAUCGCCUAUGGCUUCAGGAAAUACUUCACUAACUACUGGUGUUGGCUAGAUUUCCUCAUUGUGGACGUCUCUCUUGUAAGCCUCGUAGCAAACACGCUCGGCUACUCCGACUUUGCCGCCAUCAAAUCGCUCAGAACGCUCAGGGCACUCAGACCGCUGAGAGCGCUGUCCAGAUUUGAAGGCAUGAGGGUGGUGGUGAACGCGCUGAUUGGCGCCAUUCCGUCCAUCAUGAAUGUUCUGCUGGUGUGUCUGAUCUUCUGGCUCAUCUUCAGCAUCAUGGGCGUCAACCUCUUCGCCGGGAAGUUUGGCCGCUGCGCCAACCGAACAGGCUUCAUCUACAAUGCAUCUGACAUCAACAACAGAACCGAGUGUCUGGGCAUGAACAGCUCACAUUAUUACUGGUCAAAAGUCAAAGUGAACUUCGAUAACGUGGGCGCUGGUUACCUCGCGCUACUUCAAGUGGCCACUUUUAAGGGCUGGAUGGAGAUCAUGUACGCCGCAGUCGACUCACGAGCCGUCGAGGAACAGCCCAUUAAAGAGAACAGCUUGUACAUGUAUCUGUACUUUGUGAUCUUCAUUAUCUUCGGCUCGUUCUUCACUCUCAAUCUCUUCAUUGGUGUCAUCAUUGAUAACUUCAACCAACAGAAACGAAAGAUAAGUGGACAGGAUAUAUUCAUGACAGAAGAACAGAAGAAAUAUUAUAAUGCCAUGAAAAAACUGGGAUCCAAAAAGCCACAGAAACCAAUUCCAAGACCUCCUAACCCAAUUCAAGGAUUCUUUUUCGACUUGGUGUCCAAACAAGCAUUUGACAUCAUAAUAAUGCUGCUCAUCAUAUUUAACAUGGUCACGAUGAUGGUGGAAACAGACGAGCAGUCUCCGAGCAUCGAGUUCAUACUCUACUACGUUAACCUGGCCUUCAUCGUCAUCUUCACCACUGAGUGCAUCAUUAAAAUCAUCGCGCUGCGCUGCUACUUCUUCACCGUCAGCUGGAACAUCUUUGACUUUGUGGUCGUGAUCCUCUCCAUUGUGGGUAUUGUUCUUGCUGAUAUCAUUGAGAAAUAUUUCGUGUCACCCACACUUUUCCGAGUCAUUCGUCUGGCCCGAAUAGGACGAAUCCUUCGACUCAUUCGAGGAGCCAAAGGAAUUAGAACGUUGCUCUUUGCCUUAAUGAUGUCGUUGCCUGCGUUGUUCAAUAUUGGCCUUCUGCUCUUCCUCGUCAUGUUCAUCUACGCCAUUUUCGGCAUGGCCAACUUUGCCUACGUCAAGAAGCAAGGUGGCAUCGAUGACAUGUUCAACUUCGAAACAUUCGGUAACAGCAUGAUCUGUCUCUUCCAGAUAACCACAUCGGCCGGCUGGGACAACCUGCUCAGCCCCAUCCUAAAUAAUUCCCCAGAAGAGUGUGAUGCAAAUAUACCCCACACAGGUACAAAUGCCCGUGGUAACUGCGGCAAUCCCUCGGUGGGCAUCACCUUCUUUGUGACCUACAUCAUCAUCUCGUUCCUCAUUGUGGUCAACAUGUACAUUGCAAUUAUUCUGGAGAACUUCAGUGUGGCCACAGAGGAGAGCACAGAACCGUUGAGCGAGGACGAUUUCGAAAUGUUCUACGAGGUUUGGGAGAAGUUUGACCCAGAAGCCACGCAAUUCAUAGAGUACUCCAAACUCUCGGACUUUGCCGACACACUCUCCGAGCCACUACGCAUCGGGAAGCCCAACAAAAUCAAACUCAUUUCCAUGGACCUGCCCAUGGUGAGCGGAGACAAGAUCCACUGCUUGGACAUCUUGUUCGCGUUCACCAAACGCGUUCUGGGCGAGUCUGGCGAAAUGGACGCCCUGAAACAACAAAUGGAGGAGAAGUUCAUGAUGGCCAACCCGUCCAAGAUCUCCUACGAGCCCAUCACCACCACUCUCAGGCGUAAACAAGAGGAAGUGUCUGCUAUCAUGAUACAAAGAGCGUAUAGAAGACAUUUGAUGAGGCAACAGUUGAGACAAGCCUCGUUACUUUACCGUCAGAUCAACACGCCAGGAUCUGCCAAAGACGACGAUGAUGAUGAUGACAAAGACGGUAAGCCCGAAAAUGAGGGACUUGUAGCACUGAUGAUAAAAGAGAACUAUGGACCUGAAGCAGAGGUCUUGGAGACGCUGUCCGCUACGUCUUCGCCGCCAUCGUACGACAGUGUAACGAGAGUGACUACUGAGCUUUUUCAAGCUCUAAUCCCAGAAUCCAGGAACUCGGACCUGAGCGAAACUUUUCCAAUGCCCGACAGAGAUAGCGAGACGUUUCUGUGACGGAUGAAACGCUCUCGGACACAAUUUGUGUUGGACAUCUUUUCCUUUUGUUUACCGAAUGUAACAUACUGCAAAUGACACAAAAUCAUACAUGUGGUUGUGCGCCAAGGCUUUUUGUAGGAAAAAAAAAAAAAAAAAAACAUUUCUCUUAUUGUUCACGAUUUGUUUGAAUAUACAAGGGGAAAGUGUCACAGACAUGCUCUCUAACCAUGCACACGACAAUAUUCACAGUUUGAAUGCAUGAACGAGAUUAGUAGAGGUUACUGCAGUUAGAUCAAGGAUGUAAUCAUUAUACAUAAGAUUGAAAGACACGCAGUUCAUCGGCAAGUCUGCGUGACCGCGAGUUCAUUGAAGGUCUUAAAAUGGUGUGAUUCCUUUUAUCGAUUACCUAGAGAAAAAUAGAAGUACAAUCCUUGCAGUACAUCCAUGUAAUUGUUAUCAGUCCAUCAUAGAUUUAUAAUUCACGCAAUUUUUGAAAGCAUGAUGAUUACCUCUUUCUAAUUUGUGUCGCUAGCGAUGAAAAGGCAGCAAAAAUGAUGCAGUAAUAUUUGACACUUCAACAUUACGUUUUAGUUGGGGUAUUUGCAAUUUCUGUUUGCUCACAAUGGU